UCUUUGGGCGACUGCGAAUCCUAAUAAUCAUUAUUCUAUUUGUUGCCGGUUGUCUAAGUAUCAGCUAUUAUUUUGCUGAUUAAUAUUAUUUAUGGCAUCAGUGGCCUACGGCGUUUUAACUAUUAAUCAGGAUAAAACAUGGAAAACUGUCCAUCAGAAUUACUGCUUUUAAUUUUCUCAUCACUACAUCCUCGUCAACUUACGCGAUGCCGCAGAGUUUGCAGGCGUUGGUAUACAAUGAUCGAGUGCAUUCUAAGAAACGAGAAUAUGUGGAAAGCGCACUGUCUGAAAGAGUUUGAAGACGUUUAUCAGAAAAAACGUCUUUCCGGACUAACAUGGCGCAAAUUGUACAGGUCUCUUAAUUUGUGGACAAAACUGCUGUCAGCUACUGAAACACAACUGAUUGCCUUCACAUCAUUUUUCUGUGAAGAAAUUUAUGGAUUUCAACUACUAACGAAUGGCAUAAUCGGCCUUCAUCGAAAAAAUUGCAUUGUAUACCAUGACAUCCAUACUCUAGAGUAUGAAUUGUCAUUACUACCAAUGUUCGGUAAUUACACUCGUUAUGUUGAAAAUGACGAGACUAUAGUUCUCUUGGAACAUCAAGCAAAUCUCACCAUCAUUCGCAAAGUCCUUAAAGAUGCACAACAUGUAAGACAAAUAGUAUUUUCAAAUAUUAAAAACUUUCUCCUAAAGACUGACGAGGUGUACAUUAUUACAGUAGAUAACAAAAUCUACGUAUGCAAUUUGCAUGAUGAAAAGUUAAAGAGCACUUUUGUGAUGAGAUUAACAGCCAACAUAUUGUGUGUGGAAUAUGUGAACAGAUGUUUAAAUGUCUUAACGGCGAAUAAACACAUUUUGGUAAUUUCAGGCAGAAGGCUCAUUUCUCAAUUUAAAUUAAAUGACAACUGCAACACACUGCAUAUAUUGAAGCAGUAUAACUUACUUCAGAACCUUAGUUGGUCAAAUUAUGUAGUCAAUAAUUGGUAUACAUGGAUCAACCCAAAAGUGGUUAAAAUAUACGGAGACUUUGUCUUUGUUGGCACAAACUUUGGAUUCCUUAAAAUAUACCGUUCCCCGUAUGUGAAUAAAGAGUUUGACUUGGUCACGUCAAGACCAAUACGGCAGUACAGGUUACCGUGCUCUCCCAGUCACCAGUUCCAGAAUCACAUUCGGCACAUUGAUGUGUUAGAGGAGGAGGAUGGCCAUAGUGUUUUCAUCAGUACUUCAGAAAAGCUUGUAGUCAUAAAAUUCUCUCAUAAUGUGUCAGAAGAUGGAUUAUUAAUAUAAACUGCUAAUUUAAUUAUAAGUGAUAGAUGUUACUACUAUAUCUAUUUUGUUGUUGUUUCAUGAAAUUUUCCAAAACAUAUAUUUCAAUAUGUAACAUGUCACAUGUGUCAGAACAUGAAAAUUAUUUAUAAAAAUUGAUAAUUUGAAUAAAAAAAAAAUGUUACUACUAGCUGUUUAGUUGUCAUAUCAUAAAAUUUUCUGAUGCAAAAGUUUCAAUAUGUAACAUGUCACAUUUGUCUUUUCAUCCUCCUCCCCAUUAGUGUACCCACAUCCAUUAUAGAUUGCAUCGUGCAGAAAUUGUAAUCUAGGGCUAACCUUUAAAAGAUUAAAAAAAAGUUAUUAAUGAUAUUAAUAUAAAUUGCUAAUCUCUUUUCUAAUUAGAAAAGAUUCAUGUAUUACUUUGUUACUUUGUUGUUUUAUGUGGUAAUAAAUUUAUUAUAAUUAUAUUACUUUAUGUAGUAAUGAAAGUAUUAAAAUUAUAUUGAACUUUAGUAAUAAGAAGCUGGCACAAAAUGAAAGCCAUAAAAAUAAUUGAAUUGAUUAUUUAGUAUUAAGAAAUAAAUGGUCUCAAUGUG